UUGGAAGUGAAUGAGACAGAGGGUAGGAAGAACCGGAUCAGGCCAGCAUUUAAGGAGGAUCCGUUGUUUAAACGCUUCACCUCUCAUAACGACACUGCUGUACACAUCCCUACUGACAUCUAUGAUGGCUGUGAGUACACACCAGAGGAGGCUGGUGGGAGGAGCUAUAGGAAGACAGGCUCAUUGUAAUGGCUGGAAUAUAAUAAAUAGUACAGAAUCAAACAUGUAGUUUCCAUAUGUUUAAUGUGUUUGAUACCGUUCCCAACUAUUCUAUUCCAGCCAUUACAAUGAGCCUGUCCUCCUAUAGCUCCCCCUACCAGCCUCCUCUGGUACAAACACAUAUACUUGCACUAUACACACAUGCACGUAUGUAUGCAUGAACGUGCACACACAUACUAGACCCUAACCCCUGACACCAUGGGUUUUGCAAAUUCCGACUUAAAUUAACACUUUAUUAUAUAUGAUGCUGUUUUUUGUGUUAGGGAACAACACAUGUAGUUUUACAGUAUUUUGGGGGCGGUGUUGUUUUAACACUGUAAGUCUUAUUUUCGUAUUUCCCUGCAUGCCUUUCAAGUGAAUGUGACAGAUAUCCACCCAUGACUGUGUUUGUUAGUGACAGAGACAUGGUUGUUGCAUUCAUAAAGUUUCAGUCCAGAAGCAUUUAUCAAGUGACUGCUUAACUGAAUGUAUUUUAAUUAAAAGUAAACACUUCAUGACAAAUGUAUUAUACAUUUCACAAUGCCUUUAGUUUUUUAAGGCCUAGUUAUUCUCCACAUUGUGGUCUGAAAAUCCUGAUGAAUGGGGAACAUCAGAGGGGUAUACUACAAAGCAGGAUCAAUGAGUUAGCCAGCAAACUUGCCCAAAUAAAAAUGUUUUAUUUUUUAGAAAGAUAACCUUAAAUGGGCAUGGUGUAAUUAACUCAACAACCAAAAACGCAUGUCUAAAUUUAGCUUUCUUAAUGAACCAGACUAUCUAGAGUUAAUUCUGGUUGUUUAUCAAAAUUACCUUUGUAGUAUACCGCUCAGACCUGCAAAUGACAAUAUGCUGGUUUGUGAAGUGAUUAGUAAUUCUAUCAGAAUCCAACCAGAGGAAGGAUAUCCAACAAUUGGAAUGUUGUAUCACCCACGACCUGCAUACAGAACGACUGCCGUAGUGAAGAACUUGACAAGCAAGACUACCUAAAUAAUCUAAAUUGGAACAAUAAUUCCAACCCCUUACAGAUUGGAUUAGUUUAGAAAAAUGUAAGUUACUUAUCUUUGUAUAGUAUAAGAUGAAUUCAUUAAUCAAUGUGCAUGAAGAAACAUAGAUAUUAAAAUAAACAAUUCUAAAAAUCAACCUGCAACAAAGCAUGCUGGGAAACAUAAUAAGGAGCCCCCCUCCAUGUCUGAUAGAAUUAACAGAAAUGAAAUCAACACAGUCAAAUAACAACAACACCUUGCGGUGUUGAUUCCACUGUGUUUCAAAUAACACUUAAUUUAUUCACCACAGGUGGUGUCAAUUUCAAUCCCACUGGUGUUAACCCCACUAGAAUCAACACUCAGAUAUAACACUCACAACACUUUUUAGUAUUUACCUGCUGUCUGAAAGGUGUGUCUCCUGAGUCCUUCUGACAUUAGCUCUGGCUGCUUUGUAUAAUAUUGACCGGUGUGCUGCUUUCUGUGUGUGUUCAUGUGUGUGUGUGAUUGGACUUACUUACGUGCGUGCGUUCGUUCGUUACAGAGUCAGUGAGUCUGUGUGUAGGGUCAUUAGCGUGUGGUGUGUUGCGUCAGCCCACACACUGAGAGGCAGCAGAAUGGAGUCACUCCUUCAGCAUGCCCCUCGGCCUGCUGGAAUAGCGUCUGGAUCCAAGGUUACCCACUACUGACCUCACAGAGAGGGAGAGGCUGCAUGUGGGAAAUUAGUGUGUAUGUGCAGGUGUCCCUGUGAUCUAGAGUGCUAGCGUGUGUGUGUAUCUUGUCCCUUCCCAGACUCUGCUGGCUGGGGUCGGGCCUAGUUACCAUGUUUCCUCCCGCUUUUUCUAAGGAAGGGUUGUGAUUGCUGGAAUGUAAUGAGUAUGUGUCAGCCCAGUGGCCUGCUGGGUAAUAGUAUGAGCUUGGGUUAGCGAGAGAGGUGGAUAAAAGAGGGUAUAGAGAGAUAGCUUUGUGUAAUGUUCUUGGAAGAUGAGUUGUUCAGUAGGUACACUUAGCAAACCUGACCAAUAUUUCAAUUAACAAUCAAUAAACGCACAGCCUUUUCUUCUGUAUAGUAUUGUUCUGGAGAGAGAGAGAGAGAGAGGAGAUGAAGAGAGAGAGAGAGAGAGAGAGAGAGAGAGCGAGAGAGAGAGAGAGAGAGAAGAGAGAGAGAGACGAUACGCUAUCGAGAAGAGAUAGCGAGGACCUAAAGUAGUAUCUAAGAAUCGAGAUGAGAUGAGCGCCUCUAUUAUCUCUAUCUCAGCGAGCUCUCGUCUCUAGACUCUCUCUCCGUACUCUGUCUCUCGCUAGGCUCUCUCUCUCAAUCUCUA